UUCUUUUCUCGUUGUUCUUCAACGCGGAAGUUUUAUAACAGUACACACGGUGGAGUUGUGUACUGUGUGAACAUAAGUUAAAUUAGACUUCAUUACUCAAAUAGAAGCGUAUAAUUUGAACUCACUUGUCAACAUGGUGAACCUCGGGCUGACGAAGGUGGACGACGCGAUAGCAGCAAAACACCCGGGGCUGCAAAGCUACGCUGCCUGUCAGUCUCACGCCUUCAUGAAGGGCACUGGGACCUUUGCACUGGGUGUUGCAGGUCUUUUUGCCAUCCAAAAGGCUAUACAGAGGAAACUCCCUUAUCCUCUUCAGUGGAAUCUUCUCAUUUCAAUAGUGGCGUCGUCAGUUUGUAGCUAUGCGGUGACCCGCUGGGAAACACAGAAAUGUUCAGACCUUUGGCUCCUGCUAGAGACGGGCAAAGUGCCAGAUAGAUCACCUCCACCACCAGCUGUAUCUCCUCCAGAGGACUCAAAAGAGGCUCAGAAGACAAAAUAUGGCGAUGUAAUGGAAUAAACAUACACCUUCAUCUAGGAAGCCUGUUUUCCAGAAAAUAUAUUUAAAGAUUGGUGCAAAGUACAUGCACUUUAUAUCUAUUUUAAUUGUGUUUCACCUUUUUUACUCAUGUGCCUCAAGAAACAAUUUUAUUAUUUUAUUUUAGACUCCAUGAUGCUUUUGAAUUUCAUAACAGCAUUAAAGUGGAUUACAAAGAACUGCAUGUGCUAAACUGCAGGUCAGGAAUUAAUUCGGGUCUUUAGCAGAAAUCUGAUGUUAAGCUCGCUGAUCUGGUAUUAUUGUCUGGUCAUGUUGGUUUGUCAUGCAACAGAAUGUAAUCUACCACCAGCCACUGGCUGUUCCUGCACACAUAUUAUGGGCUGUAUCAAGCUGUUUGUUGCUGCCCUUGUUUGCUCUGGGUAUUUAAACCAGCUAAUGAUCAGAUUUAGCUUUUAAGGACUUGAACGUUAGUAAAAGCUGAAAUCCAGCAAUUGAAAAUGGUUUCCCGCUGUUGCUUGUAGCUGCUAAAAACAGCUGUCUUCAGUGUAUAAAAUCUGAAAUAAAGUCGGCAUAUUGAAAAGAAGCA